CUCAGUGACCUUUGACCUCUCUCUCUGCAGGCCAAUCUGGACGAGCAGCAUCAUCAUCGAGCACGUUCGUCCGAGCGCUCAUGACCUCCGUCUGUCAGGCGGCCAUCAUCUGUGAGAAUCCAUAUAAAGUAGACACUAAAGAGAUUACCCAGAGGGCCAAGCUGCUGCAGCGCUACAUUAAAGACGAGCAGAAGGAGCUGCAGGCGCUCUACGCCUUACAGAGUCUGAUGGUGCAGAUGGAGCAGCCACCGAAUCUGCUGCGCAUGUUCUUUGACGUCUUAUACGACGAGGACAUCAUCAAAGAGGAGGGCUUUUACCGCUGGGAGUCCAGCAAAGACCCUGCGGAGCAGCAAGGCAAGGGCGUGGCCCUCAAGUCCGUCACCGCCUUCUUCACCUGGCUGCGCGAGGCCGAGGACGAAUCAGACAACAGCUAGAGCUUAGGCCACGCCCACCACUGAGAUGAUUGACAUGGAGGGAAAAAAAUAUAUAUUUCGAAGAUAAAAAGAGAGAGAAAGAGAGCAAAUGAAACAUUUGGGAGAUUUUCAACACCUUUUAUUUUCUGUUUUGUCUUUCCGUUUGCGCAAAAAAAACAAACAAAAAAAAAACGUUGACCUGAAAAAAAAUAAAGUAUUAGAGGAUGACAAGCCUUAUCUGCUCAGAAUUUUAGCCGUUAGCAUUGCAACUUCCCGUUUUCCUGCUCCCGCCGCCAGUGGAGACGGACGUCGAUGACAUCAUCACUUGUUUAUGAUGUCACUUCCUGGUAACAGAACGCUGCUCAGAGUUCUAUUUUUCGUUCCGAAACCCUUUAUAUAUAUUCGUGGACGCUGAUGUGGUUUUGCGCGGAGCGGUCAAUUGUGUGCGGGUUGCUGUAACGAGGAAAAUUAGAUUUUGUCGUGUUUUUUUUUUUGUCGUUUUCUUUGAUUUGGGAUUUCGUUUAGUUCGAGUGGAGUGUUCCGAGCUCUUUUUUUCUAAAUAUUUUUAAUGACAGAAAACGAAUUCAAAAUGCAAAUCGCCUCUUUCGGAGCUGUGGUUUUCAGUGUGUGUUUGCGGCUCUGGACGACGCGAGACUUUGCUAGAGACGUUCAACUUUGACCUUUUUUGCUGCUUCUGCCGGCCCGAGCCGACGUACGGUUCACAUCACACUUCACGGAGAAAAAUAAACGAGCCUUGAGGUGACGAGGAGACGUGCGCUUUCGCACGAAACAAAUCAUUAUAACGACUUGAAAAUAUAUAUAGAGAAAUAAAUGUAAAAAGAAAAAAGAAAAAAAAAAUACAAAAAAGCUGGAGAAAGAGAGAGUACGAAUACUACAUGCCUUUGAGCUCCCUGAGAGCGACCUGUAAAUACAUGUUUGGUUUUGUUUUCCAAUAAUAAAAAUGCUAACUUUAAUGCCAUUUAUUAAUUUUUUGGCUUUUGUUUUGUCUGUAUUUAAUUUUUUUUUCUUUUGCAGUUUAACCACCCGGCUUGUAUAAUUAUCCUCCUCUAGUUAUUGACUAUAGUUUAAUGAAAUUAUGUAAAUAUUUCUCUCUUUGUUUUUUUUUUUUGUUUUGUUUUUUUGCUUUAAGUAUUUAAUUAAGAGAAAUUAAUGCCUCUUUUCACAUUUGAAACUGGAAGAGAUAAUAAAGAGCAUUGCAAUGAAAAAAUGACAAA